UUGUAAAUCAGUUUCAAACAAUCUCUGCAUGAGGACAGAUGAAUUAGAAUUUUCAAAAUUAUUUGAAUUGAAUUUUUUUUGUAUUUUCCUCUUUUUUAAAAAGAAGAAAAUUUUAUCACUUUUUCGUCUAAGUGAUUCGGAUACACGAGUGAGUUACCAGUAAGCAAACGGUAAAUUUUUAGAAUGGAUAUAUAAAAAGAAAAUCUCAAUCGGAAAGGGAAAGACUUAAAAAAAUAAUAAUAUGUGAAGUGUGUCUACUAUAAGCAAACCAUUGGAGGAGGAUAUACAUCAGAAACCGUGAAUUCAAGACUUUGAGGUGGAACUGUGAAAAUGGUACAAGAAAUGGAUCACACUGUGCCAGAAGAACUGUACAAUUUAACACAAUUGGCAGAUGUGACAUUGGCCGCUGGAAAACUGAGUACAACGAAUCUAGAGCACGUUCAGGAGUUCAUACCCGAUGAGAAAGUUUUUGACUACAGUCGUAAAUAUCCGGUCGCAGACGAGCCAGUUGCCACGCAAAGCCAAGCGAUCGAUUACCAACCCAUUUUUACAGCAGCAUUAAAACCGCAAAUUGAACCAUUCAACGAUAAAAUACAUUCCGUAAUUAGAGCUAAUCCACCAGACCGCAAUGAACCAAUUCAGAAGACAGCUGGCAAUUUAGUAGCGGACAAGCUGGCCAACUUUUCAUCAUCAGAAGACGAUUCGUCUACAUUUAAUUAUUCACAUAAAAUUUUUGAUAAAAGAAAAUCGAGAAAACUGUCUUAUCAAUCCGAUGAUUCGGAGUAUGAUGCACGGCGAUUCAAUCAAGAUCGUUUCAGUUUGUUUGUAGAGAAAAGUGUUCCAGAAGUUGACGAUAGCUUGAUGUCUAGUGAAACUGAAAGUCAUGACUGUAUGGAAAUCAGUAAAAUAGGAGAUUCGGCUUCGGGUGGUGAAGAUGUACAUGUGUGUCCGGAAUGUGGGAAAAAGUAUUCAACAUCAUCGAAUUUGGCAAGACAUCGUCAAACGCAUAGAUCAUUGAUGGAUAAAAAAGCACGACGAUGUCCACACUGCGACAAGGUAUACGUGUCAAUGCCUGCAUUUUCAAUGCACGUCCGAACACAUAAUCAAGGAUGCGAGUGUCCACAUUGCGGCAAACGAUUUUCUCGUCCAUGGUUGCUCCAGGGACAUAUACGAACGCAUACAGGAGAGAAACCGUUCCCAUGCAACAUUUGUGCGAAGGCAUUUGCUGAUAAAUCAAAUCUACGGGCACAUGUUCAAACCCAUUCAAAUACGAAACCGCACACCUGCAGUCGAUGUGGUAAGGCAUUCGCUUUAAAAUCGUAUUUGUACAAGCACGAGGAAUCGUCGUGUAUGAGAAGCAUUAAGCCAGCGGAAAAGUCACGACCGAAACCGUAUCGACCAGAUGCCACAAAAGCGACAGUCAAUAUAGUAACGAAAUUUCUGAAAAAAUCGAAACAUCAACAAUCGGAUGUCCCCAAGAAAUUCAAAGAUAAAAUCAAAGACAAAUUGAAAAGUACAAGUGAUCCAACUGAGCCGGAAAGCAUUGUGACUGAUUUGAGUUCACAGAAAUGCUACUACGAUUUGACAAAGCCUUUAGUGAGUAAUGAAAAUGCGGAAAAUUGUUCGAGAAUCAGUGUCAUUCGAACAACUGUUUCGAGUCAAAUCACCUAUGACGAGUCGAAGGCAUUGUACUAUCAGGAAAAACCAAUGGAUUUUUCACCGAAAAACAAGUACUUAAGCAAUAGCGGCAAUUUUGAAAUUAGAAAUUAUGCUAUGGUGCACCGCAAAGCCUUCCAUUUGGCGAAUAAAGAAUCAAAUGAAACUGUUGACGAAUGGUAUCACCGUUUACAAGACUUGGCACUGUCAUGCGAUUACGGAUGUUAUUUGGAAAUGUUAUUGUUGGAUAAGCUAGUCGUUGGGUUGGAUGAGUUGAUCCUCGAUCGUUUGUGUAAGGAGCAAAAAGACUUGUCUUUGAAAAAUGUCAUUGAGUUCUCCCGGAAUUACGAGGUGGACAGCGAUCACAUGGACAUUAAACCAGAAAUGGUUAUAGUGAAACAAGAAUUGGAACUAUCAGAUAUUGAGGAAGAUGAGGAGAGUCAAUCAAACUGUGAUAUAAAUUACACUGAGGACGACAGUUACCGAGAUGGUCAGGUCAAUGCAGAUGUUCCAUUGCCCUUCAAUGCAAUCGUCAAUACACCUACACUGGUUUACGAUAGACCAAAAGUUUUUGAAUGCUACUUGUGUCACAAAUGGUGGCCGACAGUUGGUCACUUAACAUAUCAUUUCGGUCGUCAUCAUACCGUGGGUACGAUUUCAAAAUGCCAUUUAUGCGGUAAAUGGUUAAAAACUCCGAGCAGCCUGGUUCGACAUGUGAAUAUGCAUCUGAGUGAUAGACCAUACCACUGUGAUCUAUGCGACUUUUCCUUUGCUAGUGCAAUAUCAUUGAAACGCCACAUGAUACAACACAACAAAUCCGAGUCAAAUGCGUUCAAGUGCUCGCAGUGUCAGAAGGAGUUCAUUUCGCAGCGACACUUACGACUUCAUAGGAAAACUCAUAACGUUCCUUCGGUCAGUUUAAGCGAAAAAUUGGAUGAAGCGGUUAAAAUUCGUGAAUCAAUGAAGUCUACAGGCAUUAAAGCGGAUACAAUGUUUACGUGUGAAAUUUGCUCGAUAACUUUUGACAACGAAAAUGUCUACGAUGACCACAUGAAAGCUCACUGUGAAAACGAAUGGCUCUGCCAUCUUUGUGGGAGAAAGCUUAAAACUAAACGGAACUUAAUCAACCAUUACUUUGUUCAUACGGGUGAGAAGCCGUUUGCUUGUGACGAUUGCGGCAAAGUAUUUACAUGCAAGGAUAAACUAAAGCUCCACUCGAAAAUCCAUAAAGGAAUUCGACCUCACGUUUGCCUAAUUUGUAAUAAAGCUUUCAUACAAAAGGGCCACCUAGCAUCGCAUUCCAAGUCUCAUAUUGUAAAGAGCUUCGACUUCAAAUGCGAACAGUGUCCCCAACAAUUUACCAACCGAACCAGAUACGAACUUCACUUGAGAAGUCAUACCGGAUUCGAGUGCGAGAUUUGUGGCAAGACGUUUAGAAAGAAAUAUCAUCGAACCGAUCACAUGAGAACGCAUACUGGUGAACGUCCGUACCAAUGCAAUUUAUGCGAAAAAAAAUUUACGCAACGUAGUGCACUUUCAGGCCACUUGAAAUGGCAUACAAAAUUGAAACCGCCACGACGACGUAUUGACAGUGUAAAAUUGGAUGAGAUACACGAAUAGAUUUUUCUUCGAAAGAUUAUAAAUAAAUUUUGAAAAAAUGGAAUAUGCCGACCACACUGUUUGUUUUCAUUCAACGCCAAUAAUUUUCCG